GUUUGCCUUUUUCAUUUUUUAUUUCUCAUGGGCGAUUUUAUCUAAAGGAAUUAAAGAAAUUAAUCGUUUUUUAAUUGUUUUGGGAUUUUGAUUUGUAGUUUCAUUUUCAAUUUUUCAUGAAAGAAAAAGCGGCACUGACUUAGGAAAUAGAGAUGGAAAGGAGGAGGAGGAGAAGAAGUAGCUGCUGUUCCUGUUCUUAAGAACUCUGUUACUUAACCCUAAAACAAAUCUAAUCCAAGAUCAAAUUGUUUUCCGCCCUUUUUGAGGCAAAUAUUUCAAAGACCCGGUAGAUCUGUAAAAGCUUCUCCUUUCUAUUGGUUUCUGACAACAGAGAUGGAUUCUUAAACUGGUUGAUUCCAAUGGGUGCUGUUUGUAAACCUGAGUUGGAUUCUUUUCAAAGGAAAGCAUGUGCCGUGGAUUAGCGCGGUUAAAUUGCAGGUCACCUCCAACAACAUCUAAUAUUUCUUUUUAAGAUAGCUGAGAAAUGAAUCACUUGACUCUAGAAACUGAAGAUACUUUUGCAAGCUUGCUUGAGCUUGCCGCUAAUAAUGAUGUCGUGGGCUUUAAACGAUCCAUCCAACGUGACCCUUCUGGUGUAGAUGAAGUAGGGCUGUGGUACGGUCGUCCCAAGGGCUCAAAGCAGAUGGUUAACAAUGAAAGAACACCUUUGAUGGUUGCUGCUACAUAUGGUAGCAUCGAUGUUAUUAAGCUGAUCCUAUCUUCAUCCGAUGCUGAUAUUAAUCGUGUGUGCGGCCAUGACAAAAGCACUGCACUCCACUGUGCUGCCUCUGGUGGGGCUUCAAAUGCUAUUGAUGUUGUGAAGCUGCUUUUAGCAGCUGGGGCCGAUGCCAAUUUGGUUGAUGCAAAUGGUCAUCUUCCUAUUGAUGUUAUUGUUGUUCCUCCAAAGCUUCAAUUUGCAAAAUUAACUCUUGAACAACUCCUCGCGACCAAGAGUUCUGUUCUAGAGCAGAAUUUAAGGGUGUCAACAGCUGUCACGAAUUCGGGCUCGAAUCCUCCUUCGCCCUCUCGAGAAAAUGGGUCACCUACAUCUGGUUUAGGUUCCCCUCAGAAGCUGAAGUCAACUAAUGCUCCUUUUUCUUCCACAUCAGAGAAGAAAGAAUACCCAAUCGACCCAUCUCUUCCAGAUAUCAAGAACAGCAUCUAUUCAACUGAUGAGUUCCGAAUGUAUUCGUUUAAGGUGCGGCCUUGUUCUCGCGCCUACUCCCAUGAUUGGACUGAGUGUCCAUUUGUUCAUCCAGGUGAGAAUGCUCGAAGAAGGGAUCCUAGGAAGUUCCAUUACAGUUGUGUUCCUUGUCCCGAUUUUCGCAAGGGGGCAUGUAGACGUGGUGAUAUGUGUGAAUAUGCACAUGGCGUUUUCGAAUGCUGGCUACACCCUGCUCAAUACCGAACCCGGCUGUGCAAGGACGGUACUAGUUGUGCAAGGAGAGUGUGUUUCUUUGCUCAUACUGCUGAGGAACUCCGGCCUCUAUAUGUCUCCACUGGUUCUGCUGUUCUAUCUCCUCGUUCAAGUACUUCUGGUGCUACAGCUAUGGAUUUUGCUGCAGCCUUGAGUCUGUUACCUGGAUCGCCUUCUUCUGUAUCCGUAAUGUCUCCGUCACCUUUCACACCUCCCAUGUCUCCAUCUGCUAAUGGCAUGUCUCAUUCUAAUGUUGCCUGGCCACAGCCCAAUGUUCCGGCCCUGCAUCUUCCUGGAAGCAAUCUUCAAUCUAGUCGCCUCAGAUCUUCUCUUAAUGCAAGAGACAUUCCAACUGAAGACUUCAACUUGCUGCCGGAUUUUGAUGUGCAGCAACAACAGCUGAUAAAUGAGUUAUCUAGCCUCUCUCAGCCCUCUAUGAGUUCUAAUUCUUUAAAUCGAUCUGGUCGAUUGAAGACUCUGACUCCAUCGAAUCUUGAUGAUCUAUUUUCGGCUGAGAACUCAUCUCUGCAGUACUCCGAUCAAGCAUUGGCUGCGGCAGUUUACUCUCCCACCCAUAAGUCUGCUGUUUUAAAUCAAUUCCAGCAGCAGCAAAGCAUGUUAUCACCUAUAAACACAAAUUUUUCUCCUAAAAAUAUUGAACAUCCUUUGUUGCAGGCUUCUCUAUCUGGUAGGAUGUCUCCACGAAACGUAGAACCUAUCUCGCCAAUGAGCUCUCGGGUUUCAAUGUUAGUUCAACGCGAGAAGCAGCAACAGUUCCGCAGCCUAAGCUCUAGGGAGCUUGGUUCUGGCUCCUCUGCCACCGUUGGUUCCCCAGUAAAUUCUUGGUGGGGAUCCUCCAAUGGGAAACCGGACUGGGCAGUCGAUGCAGAUGGCUCAGGCAAGCUUCGCAGGUCAUCUUCAUUUGAGCUUGGCAAUGGAGACGAGCCCGAUUUAUCAUGGGUUCAAUCCCUUGUAAAAGAAUCUCCCACUGAGGUCAAAGAGAAAACAGGUGUGCCUGUUUCAGGUGUAACACUUAAUGCUUCUACAGGUCUAGGUUCAAGCAUGAACUCUCGAAUUGAUCCGGUCGAUACUGCAGUGUUGGGAGCAUGGAUCGAGCAAAUGAAGCUUGAUGAGCUCGUGGCUCAGCAAAACUGAAAACCAGUUUCACUGAACCCUGAGGUAGAGAUAACAUAAAAAGGUUUUGGUAUAUAACAUUUGUAUUCUUUUUUUUGGGAUUUUGUUGGUGAAGAAUGUAGAAGGGAAGCUAAACAGUCACAGCAAGUGGUGAAGGAAAGGGGGGAAAACAUUCAUUUUUCACCAUUUAUUAUUACAAAGAAACAGUUAAGGAAAAAACAAAGAAGGGUUGAGGAUAACCUUUGGCUAUAUGUUGAAAGAAAUGAUGCCCAAACUUGCGGUGUUUUUUACAUGCAAUAUUUUCUGAGAUUUCUGAUCCUUUGAUGAUGAUGAUGUAACAUUCAACUAUAGUUUAUUGCUUAAUUCCUAUUGCCAUA